AUGAAUGACUUCACGUCAAAAUUCAAAUCUCAUUUUUCAGUGGCUGCUGGUUCAGCCGGGCAAGGUGCAAUGGCAACGUACGCGUGCGCCCAUCUGAGCCUUGGAACACAGUUUAUAACGCCGCCGUCAACAUCGAAUUGUAUACAGCACACCGACAGCGACUGCGGAAGCAGUUCUGGCGCUGGUGGCACAAAAACUCAAGAGGUGUCUGACGAGUGCGCUAGCUCGUCAUCACAACCGACGGAGCCAAAUUUGGAGAACGAUCCUUAUCCGUCGCCACCGUUUCCAUCAUCUCAACAAUUAUAUUCAGUGGUGCCAGCGCAUCAACAAUAUCCGACUUCGCUUCCUGUUCUACAACCUUCUCAACCACCGCAACAGCAACUGUUCACUUCAAUCCCUACUAUGACACCUCUUCCUGGAAAUCCGACAAUGACAAAUGUCGCCUGGGUUCCGAACUCACCACCUCGACCCAAGAACACAAUUUUUGUACAUGUUCUGGAUGGUGAAACCCUCACCCUGUUCAAUAAUUCGGAUCCCAACUAUCCAGGAGGAUUAUACCAAGACAUUGCUGGUUAG